CUUCUUAUGUGACUAACUUCAAUUUCCUCGUGGUAUUAUUUAUUAAUGUCAUUUAUUUAUCAAGAAAAAGUGAAAUAUCCAAGGCUAAAAUAAACAUAAAAUACUUUUAUCUACAAAUGUUAUCAUUCUAAAAUAGGACAUUUAUAAAGACAAGUAAAAAGAAUUGUUUCAUAAUUAUUAGUUUGUCUUGUCGACUAUAGUAUAACCUCAAAAUUACGUGUAUUGUUGAUAUUUUACAUUUCUUGUUUAAAUCGUUUAAAUAAUUUGUCUGUAAAAAUGAGUGCAAAAUUCAUUCAACUUCAAUCUAUUGAUAUUUUAUCAAAAAUACCAUCGUAUCAUAUAAUUUUACAAGGAUUCAUCUUUCUCUGGGUUGCGUGGUUUAUUUCAAAAAGACGACAGCGAGUGAAUCGAAACCAACCCUCUGAAGAAGAGGUGCAAAGAAAAUUAUCAGAAUGGCGACCCGAACCAUUAGUACCACAAAAUUCGAAAGAUCAUCCCUCGUUAACGCCAAAAAGUGUGACAUCUCUCGCUGGUAAACGAAUGACAAUUGACGGCAAUGAUUGUCUAAAUCUUGCUACACACAAUUAUUUAGGUUUCGUUGGCAAUAAUGAAAUUCAAGAGAAGGCAGUGGCUACUGUACAAAAAUAUGGAGUUGGUUCAUGUGGACCUCGUGGAUUUUAUGGAACAGUUGACGUUCAUCUUGAAUUAGAGGAGCGUUUAGCAAAAUUCAUGAAUAUGGAGGAGGCUGUUGUUUAUUCUUAUGGAUUUAGUACAAUUGCCUCGGCAAUACCGGCAUUUUGUAAACGAAAGGAUUUAGUUUUUGUCGAUGAAAUGGUGAAUUUCUCGAUACAAAAAGGCUUGGACGCAUCACGAUCGAAUGUCAAAUAUUUUAAGCACAAUGACGUGAAGGAUUUGGAGAAACUUCUAAUGGAACAGGAGAAAAUUGAUAAACGAAAUCCAAAGAAAGCGGCGAAUACCCGACGAUUUUUGAUUAUUGAGGGAAUUUAUAUGAAUACAGGUUGCAUUUGUCCAUUGCCAGAACUUGUCGUUCUUUGUAAAAAAUAUAAAUUGAGAAUUUUUAUCGAUGAAUCAAUUUCCUUUGGCACACUUGGAAUUCAUGGACGAGGAGUCACGGAAUAUUAUGACGUUCCCAAGGAGGAUAUUGAUAUGAUAAUGGCAUCUCUGGAAUGGUCCAUUGGUUCAAUUGGUGGAUUUUGCGUGGGCACAUCAUUUAUAAUUGAACAUCACAGAUUAUCGGGACUUGGUUAUUGCUUCUCGGCAUCAUUACCACCACUUUUAACCACGGCAGCAAUUACUUCACUCGACAUAAUGGAGAGAAAUAUUGAAAUUUUCAAACAAUUGAAGCGAAAUUGUUUAUCAUUUGACGAAGGACUAAAGGAAUUGGAGUAUUUUGAAUGUACAAGCUAUGAGAAAUCGCCAGUAAAGCAUUUGCAUUUAAAGGAGAAACGGGAAAUUCUGGAGGAAAUGAAAAUUCUCAAUGAAAUUUCAAAGAGAUGUAUUGACAAUAAUUUGGCAAUUAUCGUACCAGCUUAUCUUGAAGCCGAGAGAGAAAUGCCAAGACCAAGUUUGAGAAUUUGCAUUUCUUCGACAUUAAAUCAGGAGGAUAUUCAAUUUGCCCUUAGGACAUUGAAGAAUUGCUCGGAACAAUUUUUAGGUUUUUAUAAAUAAUUAUUUUUAUUAUUUCAUUUUUUUCUCAACUGUUCUUUGUACUGGUUUCUAUAAUAUUAUUAUAGUUGAAUAACUAUAGUAGUAUUAUGGUAAUUAUCGUACUAUUUUCGUUUCUAUAGUAACUAUGGUAUAAUAAAUAUACUACCAUAGUUUCCAUAUUAACGAUUUUACACAUUUUACCAAAAAGUUAAAAUUUGAAAAUAACUUCGCUUAAAUAGUUCAACUUUUUUAAAACUUGAAAAAAAUUGUAAUUAAGCAUUAUUUGUCUCAAAAUAUUUAAUUUUAAAAAGAUACUUCUUCUGUUGUAAAUAUUUGCUUGAAAAAUAUUUACUUCAUAGAAAUAUUUAAGAAUUACAUAUUUGAUUCAAGUGAUUUCUCUCUUUUUAGUUAUAUUUACAAAGAAAUGAAUUUAAGGAACUUGUGAUUCAAAUAUAGAAGCACAAAAAUUAACAUUUUUAAAAGGACAUAUUUCAGUAUUAAUAGGGCAGAUUAUAUUAUAGAGACUUAUUAUGCAAAGCAAUUAUCAAUAUCGACUGUUGUAAAAUCAAUUUAUGUAUACACAGCUAUGAAAUUUUUUUGUAAAUAGGAUUAGAAUAAAUACUGUUAAUAUUUUCUAA